UCUUUUGAUUCUUGCUUCCUCUUAUUUCGCAUUGUUUUUGUUUUGUUUUUCCUGAUCUGAUCAACUUUGUAUAGUUUUACUCGUGGAAUGGAUCAGUAAAGGUUAUUCUUGGUUUUCCACCUACUUGUGCUUCAUAAUUGCAGAACUUUGUUUUUCUUCGAGCAGAUCUGAGACUUUAAUUAUAUUUGAGUCUUUCGUUUUUUUUUAAUUUUAAUGUUAUCUUUUUCUUUGAUCUUAACGUGAACAGAUCUGUGUAUAUACGUCUGUAUGUUGUUUUGGGUUAUUGUGAUCAGCGUUUUAUAAUUCUUGUAUGGAGUUAAUCUGGUAGAUUGAGCUUUCUUGUUGUGGAUAAUUUUAUUUCAGAGUUCGCACCCAGAAAUCUUCUUGUAUGUGUUAUUCCAUGAAUUAUUUAUAAAUUUGACUGUGUAUAUACCUGCAAAGAAAUCAUGCUUUUGAUUUUGAUUAAUUUGCUGAUAACUACCAAUUGAAUCGUUGUACAUGUAUCUUAACUUGUUUUUAGGGACGUCUAUCUGGGUAUAUGGUAUUAUCUAUUUUCUGUUGUGCUGUUAAUUUUAUUUUGUAGUUUCUUUGUUAUCUGAGAUUUGUUUAUUUUCUGUCAUGAAUGAGUAUUUGGCAAUUAGUGAAGGGGAUUCCCAAGGGUAUGAUGGAAUCAGGUUAGAAGUUUUCAUUUAAUUUCUUGUGUGGUACAUAAAUGGGUGGCUGUGUGUAGGUUCAGGUAGGAAUAUUUUGUGGACAAGAGGUUGGGAAUGUAACAAGCUAUGCAUCUUCUGGAGCAACCCCGGACCAUAUUACCUCUAGUUCACUAUUUGUAAAGGGAGUGGCUCGAAAUGGUUCCCCCCCAUGGCGGGAAGAUGACAAGGAUGGCCAUUACAUGUUUGCAAUUGGAGAAAAUUUAACUUCUCGCUAUAAGAUACAGAGCAAGAUGGGUGAAGGCACCUUUGGUCAGGUCUUGGAAUGCUGGGAUAGAGAAAGAAAAGAGAUGGUUGCAAUCAAAAUUGUCCGCGGGAUUAAGAAGUAUCGUGAAGCUGCUAUGAUAGAGAUUGAAGUGCUGCAACAGCUUGGUAAACAUGAUAAGGGUGGCAAUCGUUAUGCAUGACUUGCGCCUGAUUCAUACUGAUUUGAAACCUGAGAACAUUCUUCUUGUUUCUGCUGAUUAUAUUAAAGUUCUUGAUUACAAGGGUUUGUCUCGAUCACAAAAGGAAAGUUCCUACUUCAAAAGAGUCCCAAAGUCGAGUGCUAUUAAGGUGAUUGAUUUUGGUAGCACUACUUAUGAGCGCCAAGAUCAGAACUACAUUGUAUCCACCCGCCAUUACCGUGCUCCAGAAGUUAUUCUUGGACUUGGGUGGAGCUAUCCCUGUGAUAUAUGGAGUGUUGGUUGCAUCUUAUUGGAAUUAUGCUCCGGUGAGGCAUUAUUCCAAACCCAUGAGAAUUUGGAGCACCUAGCGAUGAUGGAAAGGGUCCUUGGGCCACUGCCUCAGCAUAUGCUGAAGAGAGUCAAUCGACAUGGAGAGAAGUAUAUCAGAAGGGGUAGACUGGACUGGCCUGAAGGUGCGACUUCAAGGGAAAGUAUUAAAGCUGUUCUGAAGUUGCAUCGUCUUCAGAAUCUAGUAAUGCAGCAUGUUGAUCAUUCGGCUGGAGAUCUGAUACAUCUCUUGCAAGGAUUGCUUAGAUAUGAUCCCUCUGAUAGGCUAACAGCUCGUGAAGCCUUAAGGCAUCCCUUUUUUACAAGGGAUCAUCUAAGGGGGUGACUGCCAGAUAGGCGACAACCAACGCUGACGCAGGCUGCUGUGAAUGAUGAGACGGCAGGGUUUACUAGCCAGGGAAAAUGAUACUGUUGUGCCCAACCAUAUUAAAGGCAGCGGAUGUAAAUAAUGUAAAUUCCCAUUGCCAUCGAAAAGUUUGGCCUUUGCCUCUGAAAUGGGGGCCGCCCUGUCAUCUUGGUAAUUUGCACCCAGUGCGCUGUCAAACCAAAUACUAACCCCAACUAUACGAGUGUACAAUUUAAAAAUUAUUGACAAGGAAUUAAGCAAUUACUUAUUGCAGUUAAGUUUGAUAAAUUUGCUGCCUGAUUUGUAAUUUGUGAUUGCGGGGAUUCUGGUCGUCGUUAAUGACUUGAUUAUGUUUAUUAA